AUGAAAAUUUACCCAAUAAUGCCAAUGAUUUUAGUGAAAUGGAAUAUGGAGCAAAUAUAUCAUCAUCUCAAUUGCAAAAUAAUAUCUUUCUCUAUAAUCUAGAACAAAUACCACCUAUGAGGACUAAAAUUGAAAGCUAUCUUAAAAAUGCUUUAAAGAAAUCAAGAGAGGAUUUCAAGGAAGUUAUUAUACUAAAGAUUGAUGGAGACAAUGAGAACAAACUCUGUUUAUAUUGUGAAAAGAUAUUGAUGGAUUC